AUGCAGGUGGAGCGGAUGCAUGAUACUAUUCAGGCAUUGAGUGGGCAGACGAGACCUACAGCGCGGCCGGAAGGCUCCGCGAUGACCCUGCCUUCUUCCGUAGGCUUUGAUGCUCAUGCUUUCCCUCAUCCCCCUCCAGAAAUACUACACUACUUUGUUGAGAUUUACAAAACCCGGACACACAUACAACCUCUUCCGCUUUUCGAUCCUACCUUUUUACACGAGCAGGUUGCUCUCUUUCCACAAUAUCUACUACGGUCAUUCAUAGCAGCUACAUUACCUUUCUCGGAGCAUCCGUUCUAUGGCUGUUCCAAAGCAGAAGCUGUAGAGUUUUAUAUCCGGUCUGCUCGGGAAAUGGUAAUUCUCCGUGCGGCAGAGGGUAUUGGUACAGUGGAGAUUUUACAGGCUCUGUGCUUGUUGACCUUGUGUGAUAUCGCUGCCGGAAAACAAGCUAGAACGGUAAUGAAUAUAAGCAUAGCAUCAAGGCUCGCCAAAACACUCAAAUCCAGCCACACCGAGACAUCCCCCAACGAAGACAAAGCCAGAUGCUACUGGAGCAUCUAUAUCCUAGAACAAGUCUUCACCCCAGGCCCAAACACACUCAAAACCAACACCUACCCCCUACUCAACACCCCCGCACCCACCAGUCCACCCAAACCGCCCCUCCCAGCAGACUUCCAAACACCAAAACCACCAUCCAAACAAACACUAGGCGGAAGCGCCAGUGACCGAGGAAUAAUAGGCUACUGUAUUCAAUUAAUCUCCAUCUGGGGCGAAGCAACCACCUACAUGCGGCAAAUCCACACCGGCCAAAUUGAAGAUGCGUGGCUCUCCACAUCGACGUACCACCGGAUAAUUGCAGAAUUCUACCAAUUCGAAGCAAGCAUGGCGCAAGCGCAUCGCUAUAAAACUAUCAGGGAGCAACUAAAAUCUGCCGCAGAAGUUGCCCAGUACAGAGAAUACUGGACAGCCUGGCUCCUCCUGCAGACCAUGUUCCACACCGUUCAGGCACUGCUUAACCAUCCGCUUUUCCACAUCGCUACUUCCAAUAAGCCGGAUUCUACUUUUACUCUGAGGCCGCCGUCUUUCCUGCAACAUGUUGUUGAUCAGGCGCUUAUGCAUUCUGGAUGGACGGUACGGUUGGUGAGGAUGAUGGAGGAGUUGGGGAUGCGGAUUUGUGAUCCGUUUAUCGGGUAUCAGAUUGUUGUUACGGCGACUGUGCAUUGGAUUUUUGCGUUUGCGAGUGAUGAUACUGUUGCUGAGCGGGCUUGUUCGGAUUUCGAGCGGUGUCGCGGGUUUAUUCUGGGGAUGGUGGGAGAGUGGCCGCAUUUUGGACAGGCUAUAAACGGACUAAACUACCUCCAAGGCCUCAUCCAACAAAAUGACAGAACGACAGGUCACCACGGCAUCCCGUCCUUCAAACUCUCCAUUCUAUGGGAUCUGUUAGAUCCCAUGUCCAUAGGCCGGGGCACUGAUAUUCCAUCGCUACAACCAUUGAGUUCUAUAGGAGAGCGUAUUCCCACCCAGUAUGUAGCCCAGCUACACGAGCCGUCAGAAGGUCGUGAGGACAAUGAGGGCAGGAACAAAGAGAAUAGGUAUGAGGAUGCGAUGGGAGAUGUACAGCCAUCGAUGUAUUUCCAUGAUCCGUUGAUGGAUGAGGAGUUGUUGGGGUCUUUUGAUAUUCCUGUUUCGCCGCAGCUGCAUUUCUUGUCCUUUGGGGAUUUAUAG